AUGAAGUUCUUCGCCGUCGCCCUUCUUUUCGUCGCCUCAGUCUCUGCUGUAGCGCUCGACACCGAUGUCUCCCCUGAGCUGCACAAGCCCGGCCGUCGUGGCGUCGACUGUGGCGCCUGCGCGAGAUUGAACUACUGCACUGGAAAGAAGAACGAGGAGUGUGAUCUUGACGUCCGAUAG